AUGCAAAAGGUGGCAAUGCCGUGGACGGGAGCUGCUGUUUCCAAAGAACUAUACGAAUGGGAGAAGGAAUUUCUUGCUAAUUCUAUCGAGACAUCCCCACUUUCCGCAGCAUCCAGACGAACCGGGAAUUAUGGACUUACUUCCAGUAUCGGCAGUGUUGCCGAGGACGAUAAAGUAUACAAACGUGACUCGUCGGCCAUCGCAUGGCUAACAUUAUCUGAUCAAAGCCCGCGGCUGCGAUCCUUCUUCCGCACACUCGUGUUUGAUCGGGAGACUUGCGAGUUCACACCACUACAAUCACACUUCUGGUCCGGUGUACAAGGCCUACUCAUCGGUACUUUAACUUUCGUUUGGAAGAACAGUAUUGAGUUUGGAAUCGAAUUUUUCUGGGUCAUUUUGCCCAAGACGCUGCGCAAUUGUGGAGUCUUCACCGAUGACAACGGUUGGCUUCCGAUAUGGCACUACACCUGGAUAUUUUCCGUGCUCACGGCUACCAUUUUAGGCUACUUUGCUGACUUGUACAAGGUUCCCGGCCAGGACUCGUACAACGACAGCGUCCACCAAACUGGAUUGGUUGACUUUCGCACCGCCCUGAGCGUCUUGGUGUUGUCCACUUGCGGAUUGUGGUCCGGUUUUAGCUUGGGGCCCGAACUUCCGUUGGUAAUUCUGGGUGGUCAAUUUGGAUCAUACAUUGGCUAUACGCUCAACCAAAGUGUCCUCCAUUGUCGCGUCAUGACAUUGGUAGGAUCGUCCGCAGCCGUGGCUGGAUUCUUCAAAUUACCACUUGCCGGAGCCUUUUUCGUGUUGGAGAUCCUGCACCGAGACGGGCUACAAUACUAUGAAGCCCUCCGUCCUGCAUUGUUCGCUUCCGUUGUGGCAGUGGAAACCAAUCGAUUUUUAGCCCAUAGAAACGAGCACGUCUUUUUCCAGUACCCCGGCACGGAAGAAGAAAUGCCAAACUCCCUAUAUCUUGGUGUAAUAUUCCUCGCUCUUUUUGGAGCUCUAGCCGUUGGGAUUCCGUACAUUAUUGGCGUGAAUUUUUGCAAAAAGCUAAUUGACUCAACCUACGACUGGCUCGAAGACGAAUUUGGACAAGACUCUGAAAGGAAGAGCUUGAAUGAGCUGCGUCGGCUCAAUAAUUUCAAAAGUACAGAACCAGAACCUGAAAGCGAGUAUCUUUGCGGCGUAUUCUCGACAGAAGCCUUGCAAGCAGCCGGGAAAGCGGGAUUGGCAGGCCUGAUACUCGGGUGGAUCGCAAUCUACCUUCCUCACACCAUGUUCUGGGGCGAAGCUCAGCUGCAGACCAUAAUUGACCGAGGAGCGACACCACUUCCUAUUGUUGGUAGCGACUACCCCAGCGGUUUGGGCUCGCAGGGGUUCUGCAUGACGGACACCCAAAGCUCCAGUCCGGAACCACUCAGCUUGACCUGCUUGGCUACCAUUGGUGUCGUCAAAGUGGUCCACGUUGGGCUGAGCCUCGGCACACACAUUAUCGGUGGACACUUUUGGGCUCCCUUGUUGGUGGCAGCCCCCGCCGCGCACUUGCUCACGGACGCCAUGGGCGGUGUGGCCCGGGCCUUGGGCCACGCGGGGGGUUUAGAAGCCUACAAAACGAUUGUGAUUCUGGUGGUCAUGGGUGGCGCGCACGUGACGGUGUUUCGCGCAUACACAGCCAUUGCGUUUAUUCUGUUCUUGACGGUCGCGGGACACUUGACGGAACUCUUGACCUUUCUCAUUACCGCCCUCUCGGCGGUACAAGUGCUGACUACCGCCUGGAUGGAACGCUUCGUCAUGUACCGAUCUCAAGGUCCACGUUGCGACGUUGUGGCCGCUCCCGAGGUUGUCGAAAAGCCCGACCGCUUUGACGAUUUCGACGACGACGAUGAGGAAAGCGGCAACAGUGCCGCGGAUGCGAGUGUGGAGUCGGAAACGAACCCCGGAGACUAUUUGCGGGUGGAAAAAGCUAAAUUCUACGGGGGCACCACGGACUCUGUGGAACAAUGCUUUGGCGAAAGUGAUCGUAGUAUUCCCACCCCCACAAAGAGUAGUGCCGGAAAAGGCAACACCCACAAGGUACAGGGCAAUCGACGUCAGUUGCGUCGAAUGACGUCCAGUCAACUGGAUUUGUUGGAACAGCCCCGUCAAGCCGCGCUUCGGAAACAAAAGUCGUUGACACUGUCUGGUUCCGCUCGGAGCCUGUUAUCGAGUGGAAGUUCAGGUCGCAGCGUCAGUACUACUAGUAGGAGUAUCAGUAGCAGCAUCAGUAGUAGCAGCUGCCUGGUGACACAAUCACGAGACCAUUGCGGCGACCCAACAUGGACCCUGUAUGUUUAA